CCGCAGCCGCAACACAUUCAAGCGCAGCGGCACCAUGCAGUUGGAGAUGGAAGCAGGAGGCACGCCACUCUUCUUCGACCUCUUCGUCGCCAUGGUCAACCAUCUCGUAAGUACACCUGAGUCAUUGAAUACAUUACAUGUCCAUGCUGACGGAUCUCUGCACAGGAGGAUGUCACGAGCGGCAAAUCCCCUCGAGUGUAGUGCCGUCCGUCCAACGCACCCCACGAUGAACUCUCUCUUCGCGGCUUCUCUUCUCACCGUCAUCGAUUGAGCCGGUCGCGAUAUUUUGUCGCGACCGGCACAAUCGAUGAUCUGCUUUCUUCUCUGUUCAUUUCUUGCUUCUUUUCUUUUUUUUCUCUUCCAUUCUAUCUCUCAACGAUGCCUUUCCACGAAAGACACAUCGUUUCCUCUUCACUCGUCUCCCACGACGACAUGUUCUUGUACAAAUACGGCGGCGGGCGCGAUGAGUCUUUUUGGGUUCGAACUUCUUUCCUUUCAGCAAGGCGUUAUUGGUGGGACAGAAUUUUCCUCUCCACAAGUUUCCGAGGAAACAUCACGAGAUUGGAGAGAGAUCUAUUAUUGUUGUUGUUGGUUUUUGUAUCACUAUAUGCGGGCGAGGACGCAUACACAAAUUGUCACACUAACGCUAUUGACCAUCGGCGCGGAAACGCGAGGUCGUGCGAGAGAGGCGGAAAUGGGUUGGAAUUAGCCCUCUAGGGAAGUAUCGCGAGUCUGAAAUUUCUCUUCCUAUCACAAGAUUUUUUAUUGCCUAGGCAAAUGAUGCACUACGUAGACAUGAUAGCUUGGACAUCUCAUU